CGCUGAGAAGUGGGAUGUUUGUCAAGGGCGACAUCAUUAUACUUUCGCCAUUGCACCACUCUACAUGUCGCCACUCGUCGUAUUGGGCUCGAGCGAUAGCCGUUUUCACUGUUGAUCCCUCUGAAUGAUCAUCUGAAGAACCUCGUGCUGCGAACGACUGACCGAUACAUCGCCUCGCCCGAUUGACGGCUGAUCGUUCACGCUCAACGACGGUAUGGCUACCGAAUCGCCGGUGCUGUCGAAUGGCCCUCUUUCGCCAGAGAACUCGAUUGCGAUCGCAUCAGCCAACGAUGGAGAUGACAAGGCUGUCGCAGACCAGUCGACCACGUCAAUCACAUCCGACGCUCUCUCGUCAAAAGCAGGCCACUCGGCGGAUGCAAUCAUAGGAGGAGCAGAGGGGUCCGUUGUUUCGCCGCAGCAGACCGCACAUGAUGUAUCAUCACCACGUACUCAGUCUCCCUCGCCGAGUGUAACUCCAUCAUUAGCCCUCGAUGCUGUUCCAGCACUGGAUCUACGAUCGGUUUCCACGCCGUCAAGCUCCGAAGGUUCGACGUUAUCCCACCGACCCAGAUAUUCCUUCCGUUCUGAUGGCGGCGCUACAGUUGUGCAUCGAAGAGGCUAUAUGCGACCUCAAGGGACUUCCUUUGCGGAAUCAGCCCGAAGCCGAGACAGCGUCAUGAGCUUAGGUAGCAUCGCCCACAUGCAGUAUUACUUUGCCCGUACGGGUCUGUUGGACGGAAAGGGAGGACAACUCGCAAAAGAGAAGAAGAGAAGCAGCAGCGCGACGGUAACAACAACUACGACAAAGAACCGAGAGAGUAUGGAGCCAUCGUCCUUUCUGAUGUAUGAUUUCGGAUCGACGGCGUCGUCUGUUCAAGACAAUGCCUCGAAUUACGCCAUCUCCGAUUCAGGUAUCGACAGCUGUAUUUUGGAGAGUCCAAGUGAAAUGCAGCACAACGGCGAACCAUGGGCAACCUCACCAGAUUCAAUGAUGCUCCCGCCGACAGUAAGCACAUACAAAGUCAAGCCUGAAUUCAUCGAACCGCCUCCAGAUCUUCCGGUCUUGCGGAGGGAGCUGAAAGAAGCAUUGCAAGACGCAUGCAAGGUCCUCGAGGAGUCGCAGAAGCCUGUAUUGAUUGAUGGCGAACCGCCAGCAGAGAACAGCGGCUUUUAUGAAGUGCAGGGUCUACAUCUUUUGGACAUCAUCACCCUAGCCAUCCGUGCCGCCAAGAACUAUUAUACGGCUCACUCAAAUCCUCAAAAGCUUUAUGCGAUCCGCUCUGAGAAGGUCAUUCGAUCCGAUCUAUAUCAAGUGCUCGACACUCUAAAACGCAUGGCAAGCCGAAAUUUCCGCGGUGGCGUCCGCCUGCUCGAGCUGACCGAGAUCGUCACCUGGAUCGAAAGCAUCGACAAGCUUCUGAAAAAGGAAGAGGCUCAGGAGCAGAGUGAUGCGGCUGAGCGAGAAAGUUGGGUCUGGCGCGAGGGUGACUGGACUGGCCGGGAAAGAGAACGCGAAUGGUUGUUCCUCAAGUCCUUUGAUGCCAUGGAACCCGCCCUGCCGCAGUGGCCCGAGGCAUCGAGCUCGGCCGAGACCCGUCUUCCUAACGAUUUCCUUCUCGCUCUACAGAAUGGACAGCGAUUAGUCCGACUCCACAACACUCUGGUUGGCCGCUCGAAUCGUCGGUUCGGCGACAUCAAGACUUUCCACACCGACACGGCAAAACCUUACCGCAUGUCCGAGAAUCUGACAUACUGGGUCAAAGCUGCGGAGUUGCGAUGGGAUGUCCUGAUUACCGUGCCAAUCGCUGAUGUUGUCCACAGCAAAGACAACGCGGCGUGGAAGGCCUUUGAUGAAGCUGUCCUCGCGUGGAGCCGUGGCGUCCGCAAAGAGCUCAUGGACGAAUGGACUCUCGAAGCUAAGAUCUCGGAAAGGAGACGACCGCCGGAAGUCAAAGUCGACGAAGUCGAGGUCGGUGCGCAAAGCUCAGAACAUAAGAUUGAGAGCGCUACCGAGCCCACGCCUGCGGUCGAAGCAGACAUCGAGGUCGCUGCUGACAAGACCCUGGUGGCAGAAACGGACGUUGUCACUGCCAGUGAGAAGGAGGAUAAGCAGACGGCAGUGGCGGAGACGCCUUCAUUGGCCGCUGAAGCCACGCCGCCAGUCUGAGAAGCAGGAUCGUCUACCUGCACAAUGGAGGGAACAGAAAAGGAAGAAGAAAGAGAUGAUACCCGACGGAACGAACUCGACUCGAGAUUAAGAGUCCUGACAUUUACUUUUAUUUUUGACUACUUUGAUAUGUUUAUGCGUGUCGCGCGUUGAUCCUGAUUGCGUAAUUUCCUGAAUGGUCUGGCUACCGCCAGUAUGUACGCGUACGCACUUCCCUUUUGUUUAUGAGCAUUUUUCUGCGGGUAUCGAUCUGUCUCUUGCAUGACGGAAGAGAGAGAAACAGGGCGAGGCAGGAGAGAGAAAGGACCAUGAGAGUCUGGCAGUGACCUCUCUUUGUUAUCACGAUGGCGAGGAGGAAGGCAGGGAAGAAGAGCGAGGGAACAAUGCAUCCCAUUUUAUGGAUGGAUCGAUCAAUCAAAAGGACUCUAUCGUCUAAUAAUUCAUAGAGUAUGAACUGACUUGCAGUCCUU